GACGAGCAUCCUCCAAUUUCCGCAACUCUCUCAACACUCUUUCCCCUGCCGUCUCUCUCUCUCUCCGUCAUCACUAAACUAAUGCCUCCAUUCUCGCCUCUCACCUACUCUCAUUUCCGCUGAUCUCGCCCGCCACGGCAGGCCGAAGGAGAAGGAGAAGCUGCUGAUAUUCACCAAUGGAGUCUCCUUCGUUUGCCUCCAAAGCACGGACCGCCUUCCAUUCUGCUGCGGCACGAGCCGAGCGCGUUCUCACCGAUUUGAAAUCCGACCGAUCAGAUGCUGACAACAAGCAAUCGCCGAGGGAACAACGGAGGGAGCAGCCGGAGAAGCAGUCCCCGAGGAACGAAAGCGAGUCUAAGAGCAACAAUGAAGGGAAGCACUUGAGGUGGAAGCCUGCACCCAUAGGAAUCAAGCACGAUUGGCAGGACCGAUUUAAAAAUAUUAGAAUAGGGAAAAAAGGAGGUGAAAUCCCGGCAGAAAAAGUUGAUGAUUCACAGAUGGCGGUUGCAUUUUAUGAUGAGAAUUUGUACAUACUGAAGAUGAAAAAUGAUGCUGAGAACAAGGCAUCACAAGUACCUUACAUAGUAGAAAGAUUAAAUGCCACAACUCCAGACAGCAUCCCUCCAGCAUCUGUCAUGAAGCAAUUGGCUAUCGCUAUUGAUGCGGGGAAAAAAUACAAGUCAAUAAAAGAUCUUGUGGUGUCUUCUGGAAGGUCUUCACCAAUGAAGGAGAGGGCAAGCUUAAGCCUUGCUGCUAUGAAGUCAUUGGUGCUCCGUGAUAAGGACGAGAAGCUUGCAUCUGAGUUUGAGAACCACGAGAAGGUUUUAUCCAUCUUGCAGUCGUUGUUUGAUGCAGUCUAUCCUGUGAUGAUCUUUCACUUCCAUGGUAAUAUCUGCAAGAUUCUCGCAGAGGCGGACUUUCUCAGGAGGAAUGUCAGCUGUAGCGAGGAUUCAUUAUCAUUGAUUAAAGACAUUCAUGGUGCACCCCCUGGCAGCUUCCUGGUAAAGCUAUCUGAAGUAAUUGGAAGCUUUAGAACAUUGCGGAAAAUGGCCAUCCUGUGGAACAAAAUUGUUGCUGAACUCAGAAGACUCUGGGCUGAAGAACUCCAUGUACCAGGCAUCCCUCUGGAUGAGUUUCCAGAUCUCCAUUCCUGCCUUCUAUACCAGCAGUUUCAAGUUAUCAAUUGCUGUGUUUCCAGGAAAAAGCGUCAUGCGAUUGCUGCUGAAUCAAUGGAAGCUGCAUUAAGGGACGCCAGUAAAUUUUCUGCUGAAUAUGCUAAAGGUCUAAAUGCUCCUGGGCAUUUAUUAUAUGCCAAAACAAGCAGUGGAGAACUUGUACUUCGGCUAGGUGCUGGUUCGAAGGCUCCUAAUCUGUUUAUGCUGGAAAGUGGUGAACCAAUAUACUCUCCUAUCCCUCAGGAGGGUCCUUUGCUUACUGAAGAUCUUAUCAAAGAAACAGAAGAAUUUGUUCUUCGAACUGGAAGUGUUGGUGCUGGUUGCUCUCAAUUACUCUCUGACAUGCAAGGUUUCAAGGCUGCCAAUCCUGGCUGUAUAUUAGAGGAUUUUGUGAGAUGGCAUUCUCCUCCUGACUGGACAGACAGUGAGCCAACUGACGAGGCAAACGAGUCUUCUUCUUCAGAUGGGGGCAAUUCGUCUUCAACAAGAGGUUACUUAAGUAGUCGAAUGCAGAAAGAAGGAAACUUGUGGCGUGAACUCUGGGAAACAUCUAAAUCUGUACCAGCUGUUAAACAGGUUCCUUUGUUUGACGAAGAUUUGGCAGUCGAGGGGAUUCUGAAUCACAUGGAGAACAUCAGCCCUUCUGAGCUUUUGGAACAGUUCUUCAUUUCGUUGCUUGGUCUUGGAACUUUGAUGGCCGAGGCAAAACUCUCUAGCAACGAUGAUUUAUCAAAGCUAUUCUAUGACUGCAAAGACUACAUUGUGGUCACUUGUCAAGGAAGACCCUGGAGUGACAAACUGGACGACCUUUGCCAAGUGUACGAAACAAUCGAGACAAUGUUGGUGAACCCAGAUGAAAUCGUCAAGGCAAUGAAGCAGGCUGAUGAUGCCUGCACACCUGGAUCUGAAACCAAGCGCAGUAGCUUCCCGAAACUGGGUCCGAAACCGAGAAAGCCGUCCCCAAGGCGCGAGAGCGGUUCAGAUGAUAGCCCCAUGAAGCAGCAAUUUUCGAAUUUCUUCGAGGGCAAGUCGUCCUUGUUCUCGAAAAACAAGCCUCCCAAGCCAGGGAGUGCAUCUCCUGGCGAGAAGACCCCGUCGGCAGAAGAUAGUGACUGGACACUCGUUUAGAAAGCUACAGAGGGGAGGAGUGAUCAUCCUACAUUGCCAAUUGUGAUUAUUUUUUGGGUUUUCCAUCUCUUUCAGAUCCCCCCACCAAGGUAAUGAAGGAAUUCAGGCCUUCUGUACCCCAGUUUUUGUUUUUGUUUUGUUUAUAAGCUUGUUCAUCUGUAAAUCCACACACUCUUUCAACCUGAUUUUGCCCCGGUUUUAGGCACAUAACCAGAAUCCUGUUACUUUACUUGACACAAAAGGUGUUACAAUACAAAUUUAGACAAAAAGAAAAUACAAAGAGAAUCUGAGAUUUAGUUGUUCCUUCUCCUUCUCCUGUUUUCAGUGAUGUACAAAUAGCUGCUACAGCAUCUACCGCUUUAUGGCCAAAAGGGCUGCUAGUCGCAGCUGGCUU